ACGCCUGGGAGCCCCGCCGCCUCCCCACCAGGCCCCACCAUGACGUCGGAGCCCACCUCGCCCCCUGUCGUGCCCCCGCUGCACUCCCCCAAGUCCCCUGUCUGGCCCACCUUCCCCUUCCACCGUGAGGGCAGCCGGGUCUGGGAGCGCGGCGGCGUCUCCGCCAGGGACCUGCCCAGCCCGCUGCCCACCAAGAGGACCAGGACGUAUUCGGCGACCGCCCGCGCGUCGGCCGGGCCGGUGUUCAGGGGCGUCUGUAAGCAGUUCUCACGCUCCCAGGGCCACGGCUUCAUCACGCCCGAGAACGGGUCCGAGGACAUCUUCGUGCACGUGUCUGACAUCGAGGGUGAGUACGUGCCCGUGGAGGGUGACGAGGUGACCUACAAGAUGUGCCUGAUCCCGCCCAAGAACCAGAAGUUCCAGGCCGUGGAGGUGGUGCUCACGCAGCUGGCGCCGCACACGCCGCACGAGACGUGGUCGGGCCAGGUGGUGGGGUCCUAGGCUGGGGCGCCGGGCCCCCUCCCUGUAU